GUUGAUACAUAUCGGUCCCCAUGUAAAUUAAGCGUGGGACAAUUGAUGCAGGAUUUUAUUCAGUUCCAAUUGAUGAAAAUGUUUUUAAUCAGUUUAUUAUUAUUGUUAGUAGAAGUUAAAGCUCAAUACUGUCCAAGUACAUGGGAUAAAGUCUACAGAUCACAUAGUGGGUUUGGAGUAUGUGUUAAACGUCUACCGAGAGCCGUCACUUGGAAGGAAGGAGAACAAAUGUGUAAAGAUUUGAUUGGUACACCCUUGGCAUGGAAUGAAACUUUAUCAUAUGAAACACAAACCCAGAGAAUAUUUACAUUUACAGAGAAAGAGAUUUGGAGUUCAUUGGUACUGAAGAACAAGAAGUUAUUUCAUAGUGGAGCACCGAUGACAACUAUCGGACUGUCCCCUUUUAACGCUCCUAACUCACAGUCAAUAGACAUACAGUGGGAUGCUGACCAACCAAAUUUGAACUCAGGAGAAUGUGUCGGUAUCAAUUCAAACAAAACUGCACGUUUUAGUUCAUGUAGUGAGCAAAAGUUCAUGUACUGUCAAAGAUACCUUGUUAAACCCACAGUUAGUCAAAUAUCAAGAUUCUGUCCUGAUAGCUUCAUUGGAAAUAUUUACUGGGAGUCAUGUUACAAAUUUAUCAACGAACCUUCAACCUUCUUCGAGGCAAAGUCGAGUUGCCAGUCAAGAGGAGAAACACUAGUGAAUGUACCGGAGAACAUUCUAGAAAAUAAGACUUCAUCCGAUUACAGUUUCCUGGUAGCUGCAGAAGAGUAUUAUUACAGUAAUUUGUUUGCCAAUUCCGAAAUUUUUAUGAUGGAUUUUUGGUAUAAAGGUUCUUUGGUUGCCUCAAACACUUGUGAUAAACUCACUUAUUCUGACGGAGGCACAAUAAGCUCAACUGAAGACUGCAAUACGAAAUUGCCGUACAUGUGUGAAGUAAAAGGAAAGGUUGACACAGACAAUCAGAUGUCCAUAAGUAUAAGUGUGAUACCCUUGUCGGAUGACAGAAUUAUGCACACGUUAUGUAAUCUUUCAAGACCAUUAUUACCAGGAGAGAAUUUAUAUAUUUCCAUUAAUUAUAAACCCAUUGCUAGAGAUCGUAUAUUUGCGGUGGACGGUACAGGAUUACAAUAUGCAGGCGACCUCACCUCUAUUUACCCACGCGUGCGUCGUAAUGGAAUUCAUCUAUGUAAAGUCACAGGGUUACAUAACAAACAAAAAUGGUCGGCAGAAUUUUUGUAUCAGGAACCAGUGACAAAGUCAAUUUUGUUUAUGGGAUCAAUAGACUACUCUCCGUCCAUGUCAUCAACUGAAAUUGUUAAGUAUAAUUUAGCAACAGAACCUGAGCUGCCAAUACCACAGACUUUAACUUUUUUUUCACCAACUGACAAUUUACGCAGAGAGUGGAUGAAUACAGUUCAAUCUUUGGGAGAAAGUCCAACUGGAUACUAUAGUACAAGGGUUGUUGGUUUCAGUGAAAGUGGAAAUUCGAUGAAUUUUGAGAUCAUGCUUCAACUUUAUAAACCAUACUCGAUAACUUUGGAACAAAGAACACUUUCCGAUCUAAGGGAAAGAGUCGUGCGCUAUUUUCAGGAAGGUGACAGAACAAGACGUCGUAGAGAAGUCUCAUCAAGUUACAGUUUUGUUCCAUCUUCGCUAAUAAUUCAAAGCACACAAUUUUGUGGGGGACAGGUAUUUAUACCCGAUUUUGGCACCACAAUAGAAUUUCUACCAGUAAAGUUUGGAUCAAUGGCUUUAUCUUCAGAAAUUUGCAUAACAGAUAAGCAAUCUCUUGCUACAGCCAGAUGUAUUGGUGGUAUUGGCAUUACAACAAAAAUUGUUGAUAUAAAGGUCAACCAAAAAUGUUUAUUUGGAGAUCUUUCAACGUCUGCAGUCACAGAUACUCUCAAGAAUUUGACUGAAGUUUAUAUUGACGAAAACACAGUAAACAAAGUUCUAGAAACUGUAAACAAUUUGACUUCUGACCCAACUCUACUUACGAGCAUUGAUAUCAUAAACACUGCUGAGAUAUUACUGAAGGCAUCUAAUGUUUCAAAAUUGAAUGAAAGGGCUUUGACAGACAUCCUUGAUACAAUAAAUAAUGUUCUAAGUGUCGAACCAGAAAAAAUUAAACUUGCCCAAGAAGAUGGCAGUGCAACAAACAGAAUAUUAGAAGUUAUCAACAUCAUUCCCCGUUUUCUUGAUUUACAAGGACAGCCUGGAAUUAGAUUAUUGAGGGAAAAUAUACUGAUGGAGGUGUACGAUAUAUCUGCACUAUCUUCCACAGUCGUUGGUAUACAGAUCGAAGGAGGAGGUUCUCCGGUGGCAUUGACCAACAGUACCAUACAGAACUUGGUAAACGGAUCACAUGUUAAUUUAGAGACAGUUGAUGCUGCUAUUAUUCUCCCAGUUGAUUUAAUAGAAAAGUUUCAUAAUUCCACAAGAAUAUCUUACAAUAUAUACAGAAAUUGGAAUUUGUUUUCUGUACGGUCAGAUGUCCGACAGUACUUACCAAACAGCAGAGUUAUUGCGUCUAGUAUAUUUAUAGAUGGGAUUCCUGUUCUUUCUCUCGGUGAUUACGAAGUUCAGACUCUAUUUUAUCCGACUGCGGACACCGAAUCUUCUUUAUGUGGAUAUUGGAACUACGACAUCCAUGAUACAUCUGGUGGAUGGGCAACCGACGGUUGUCAGUUGAAUAAAACAGAAUAUGGACGAUAUGUUUGUGUUUGUGAUCAUUUGACUAACUUUGCAGUGAUUGUGAAUAUUGGUGGCCAAGAUAAUUUAGUGGAUUCUCUAGCCAUGCACAUUAUAUCUUGGAUUGGCCUCAUACUUUCCAUCGUUGGAUUAUCUCUUACUAUAGUUUCAUUCAUUGUUUUUAAACACCUACGUAAAGGCAGAGCACAACAAACUCUUUUCAACCUUGCUUUAUCAUUGCUCUGUUUUUUAAUAAUAUUCAUAGUGGGAAUUGGACAAACUCAUGACUUAAAAGGGUGUUUAGCAGUUGCUGUGUUACUUCAUUAUUUCAUUCUUGUUGCAUUCAUGUGGAUGUUGAUGGAAGGAAUUCUCCAAUAUUUGAGAUUUGUAAAAGUUCUUGGAACCUAUAUUCCAAACUUUAUCCUUAAAACAGCUGUUCCUGCAUGGGGUAUUCCAUUGAUACCUGUGAUCAUCGUUUUAGCUUAUGAUCAUGAAUUGUAUAUUGGUGGAAACAAGGCGUGUUGGAUGGCGCUUCAUGCAUUCUAUUAUGCAUUUAUAAUACCAGUUGGGAUUAUAAUUUUGGCCAAUAUUAUCAUUUUUAUUAUGAUUCUGAAAAACUUAUGGGGCCGAUCAAAGGGACUUCAGUCAAAUCAGUCAGAGAAGAAGAGAGCAAUGAUGAAUCUUCGUGCUUCAUUGACAGUACUAAUUCUUCUAGGAUUAACAUGGAUUUUUGGAUUUUUUACCAUAGAAAAAGCUAGCAUAGUCUUCCAGUACAUUUUUACUAUUUUGAAUGUCUUUCAAGGAUUCCUCAUUUUCAUUCUUUUCACUGCUAGAGAAAAGAGAGUUCGUCAAUAUUGGCAGAAACUUUGUUGUAAACGAAAACCAAAAGAAAAAUAUCUGCAGUGUGACACAAAUACUGACCGCAAUAGAAGCAAAGAUCAAAUCUUAACAAGCAGCACAAAUGACAAUACAAAGUCCAGCGGAGAAGAUCAAAAUACUAGUAGUGGUAUUUAAAUUUCAAGGAUUAUACAUUAAACUAAUUCGAAAAUUAUGGACACACUCCAUUUGCGAAAGAAGAAAAAAUUGACUUGAGACGCAGUAGGGUAUGAUAUUUUUUCUUGGCGAAAGAGAACUACCUCAACAUUCCAAGACAACUUUUUUUAGUUCAUAUGAUGGAUUGUGGUAUUUAUAGUGUUUUACUGAAACAUAAAGCAUGAUGUAUUAUAUGAUUUGUAAUUUUUUUUAAAUUUAAAAUUUUAUUAUUCUGAA